AUGGUGGUAAUAUCUGCUGGCCUAGUCACCAAGAACGGGAGAAUUCUGCUUGCACGACAGUUUUUAGAGAUUUCCAAAGGACACAUUGAAGGACUGCUGAAUUCAUUUGUAAGGAUGAUUGAUCCGAAUGUCCAACACACUUUCAUUGAAAAUGAGUCGGCUCGCUUCGUGUAUCUCCCAUUCGAAGACCUAUACCUUGUCCUCACCACUUCUAAAGACAGCAAUAUCGUAGAAGACCUCGAGACCUUGCGUCUCCUGUCCAAAAUAAUCCAGCACUACUGUCCUUUUGGCUUAGACGAAGGCAAUAUCUUGAAAAACUCCUUCGAAAUCGUAUGGGCAUUUGACGACGUGAUCUCCCAAGGCUACAGAGAAAGCAUCACGCUAGCUCAGAUGCUGACUUAUUGUGAAAUGGAAAGCGCUGAAGAAAAGCUGCAUAAAGAAAAGCAAAAAGCACUGAUGCAGGAAGCCAAAGAAGUCGCAAAAAGAAAACAGUCAGAGCUGGAUAAGAAAAGAGCCGUAGAAGAUAAAGAAAGGAAACGGGAAAGGAGAAGUGUCCAGGAAGAAUCAGACUAUAUGACCAGACCAGACGUGCCAAAUGUCCCGAGUCCUACUACAGUUUCGGUCACUGAAACUGUAAGCCAAAUCAGUCCCCCUCAAGGUGCUUCUAAGAAGCCUGUCAAAGGUAUGGUACUGGCGACGAAAGGCAAAAAAGGAAGAAUUGAUGCAUAA